GCUUAGUAAAUAAUGAAAUGAAUAUGUUGACAAAAUCGCUUCUUAAAUUAGCUUAAAUGAAUUAUCCUUAAAGUUUGUAUAAUUAUUGUGAUAAUGGAGAAGAUUCGAUAUGUGUGUACAGUAUCAAAUUGAAUUUGUUGUAAUAUUUAUGUAAUGCAAUUUGUGUAUAUUUUUGUAUGUCCUGAUGAAAUUUGCGCGAUUUUUAUCUGUCUCUCGUUCACUCUAUCUAAGGUAAACAUUUUUAUUUUUCUUGGUGGAAUAUUUGUGAUUACUCUGUGCCGAUUGUAUUACUAUUAUUAUUAUGUUUAUAUAAUAAUGAGUAUCAUUAUACAUACAAAUACAACUAAGUUGUUUUAUUUUUCGCGUGUUAUACAAGUGCGGUGUAAUUUGAAACUCCCGGAUUUUCUGGGGACGGCGGAAACGGAAGCGAACGGUGGCGGCGGAGGUGGCUACGUUUGCGUCGAUCGCGGCCAAAGUGCGGUGCGGAGGUAUCCUUCUCCCUCGGACACAUGAUGCUGCGGAGUGCGACGGCGCCAAUCGUUCCGCACCGUCAUCUAGCAAUUCUAGAUCUUACGGAUCCUUUACAUAGGAUGGAUCAGCUCUGACGUCACAACUAUCCCCACUUCACCUCUAAACGACCCGUCCGGUCCCUUUCUCUCGGGCCCCCUCGUGCGCCACCAUUUGGCUAUGCCGUCGAUUGAGAAAAGAAAGUCAAGAUGGCAUACUUUUUGUGAUUACGAUGGUAUCAAUAUUAGAGUGAUAUAACCCCUAACGGUCGUCCGAAAAAAAUCUUGUGAUAGUGCAGCUGAAGAAGAAAUUUAUUGGGUUUUCAUCUAGUGAAUUUACGGCAUCCUCGAUUGUUCUGGCAAUAUUGUGUCGGGAUUCUGUACGUUUUCAUCCCAUUACAAAAUGGCGUGAACGCACUUGCUGAUCACCGAACGCGACCCUUUCCAAACAAUCGCCCCCGCGAUACUUCUUCAAUUAUCGUUACAAUUUCAAAGUAAUGUUUAAUUUAAGGGAAGAUUCUUCUGCAAUACCAGUCAGUUACAUAAUCCGUUGCAUGUAAAGAUUGUACGCGUUAGGGCUAAACACGAUCGCACAACAUGUCUGAGAGUGGAUCAGAUUCAGAGAAUUCUGAUAAUGAAGUAGAGGUGGGUGGUUCUGACAAUGAAAGCAGAAGCUCAUCAUCAAAUUCUGGAUCUGACAGUGAUUCAGGAAGUUCCAGUUCUAGCAGUUCAUCAGAUAACAAUAAAAAUGAUGAUGCAAAUGAUGAAAAUGAAGCUUCUCAGGACAAAACAAAUGAUGAAUGGCAACCAGAGGAAGUCUCUCAAGGGAAUAAUGAGGAAGAGGAGGAAGAUGAUGAUGAUGAUGACAGUGAUAGUGGCUCAAGAAGGAGUAGUAGAGCAAAAGUUGCAGAAAAGAACAGUGAUGACUUCCGAUACAAUGACGCGAGUUCUUCAGAUAGCGAGUCAGACACACAAGAAAGGCCACCACCUAGUAAAAGGGUAGGUUCAAAGCAACCCGCAAAGUCUAAAAAUGUUAGAGCUGCGGCAAGCAAAAAAAGUACGCGAUCUCAAUACAGUAGCGAGGAAUCAUCAGAAGAAGACGAUGAUGAUAGACGGAGAACAGCUACCAGAAGGACGGCUGCGACAGUUAGUUACAAAGAAGCUAGUGAGGAGGAAAAGACCGAUUCUGAAGAUUUACUGGAAGUAGAAGCCGUUGAGAACCCGGAGCCUAUUCCCGAAGACAAAUCCGAAACUAUUGAACGAGUUUUAGCGCAAAGAACUGGAAAGAAAGGAGUUGUUGGGAACAUCACAACAGUAUACGCCGUUGAGGAAAACGGUGAUUCAAACGACAUAUAUGGUCUUGAUGAGGACAGUUUAGAACAUCAAUAUUUGAUUAAAUGGAAAGACUGGGCUCAUAUACACAACACUUGGGAAUCCGAGGGUUCGUUAAAGGAACAAAAGGUCAAAGGAAUUAAAAAAUUGGAAAAUUUUAUCAAGAAAGAAACUGAACUUUCACAAUGGCGUAGAUAUGCCACCCCUGAGGAUAUCGAAUAUUAUGAAUGUCAACUUGAGUUGGGUCAGGGUUUGUUAAAUAGUUACAAUAAUGUUGAAAGGAUCAUUGCAAAAUAUAACAGACCUGACAGUGGUAAAGACUACUUCGUCAAAUGGGAGUGUUUACCUUAUUCAGAAGCAACAUGGGAGGAUUCAGCUCUGAUUCAGAAAAAGUGGCCAAAGAAAAUAAGAGAGUUUAUGGAUAGGGAGGAGUCCAAGAGGACGCCCAGUAAACAUUGCAAAGCUCUUAGGCAUCGCCCAAAGUUCCAUGAGAUCAAGGAACAGCCCGAUUACAUGAAAGGAACCGAAGGGAAUUUGGUUCUCAGAGAUUAUCAGAUGGAUGGCUUGAAUUGGCUGAUUCAUUCCUGGACGAAGGAAAACUCUGUUAUCCUUGCUGACGAGAUGGGAUUGGGUAAAACCAUUCAGACAAUAUGUUUUCUAUAUUAUUUAUUUAACACAUACCAAGUACAUGGGCCUUUCUUGUGUGUGGUCCCUUUGUCGACAAUGACUUCCUGGCAACGUGAAUUUGCCCAGUGGGCGCCGGAGAUGAACUUCGUCACAUACUUAGGGGAUGUAAAUUCCAGGAAUAUACUUAGACAGUAUGAAUGGAGUUACGAAGGUUCUAAAAGACUGAAGUUUAACGCGAUUCUUACUACGUACGAAAUCGUGUUAAAAGAUAAAGCAUUUUUAGGAAGUCUAAGUUGGGCUGUCUUAUUGGUCGAUGAAGCACAUAGACUUAAGAAUGAUGAUUCGCUUUUAUAUAAAGCUCUAAUGGAAUUUGACACUAAUCAUCGAUUACUCAUAACUGGCACGCCUCUGCAGAACAGUUUGAAAGAAUUGUGGGCUCUAUUGCACUUCAUCAUGCCGGACAAAUUUGAGAAUUGGGAGAAUUUUGAUGUGGAGCAUGAUAACGCAGCUACAAAAGGUUAUUUCAAACUUCACAAACAGUUGGAGCCGUUCAUAUUAAGAAGAGUUAAGAAAGAUGUAGAGAAGUCGCUUCCAGCGAAGGUGGAGCAAAUCUUGAGAGUUGAAAUGACACCAAUACAAAAACAAUAUUACAAAUGGAUCCUCACUAAAAAUUACAAUGCUCUUAGAAAAGGAGUCAAAGGCUCAACAAAUACGUUUUUGAAUAUAGUUAUAGAGUUAAAGAAAUGUUGCAAUCACGCACUAUUAACCAAACCCAUGGAUCAAGAUCAUCACAUUACACAGAGUGAUUAUCUUCAGCAGAUGCUCAAGGGCUCGGGAAAGUUAGUGCUACUUGAUAAACUACUAAUACGAUUAAGGGAAACUGGCCACAGGGUGCUUAUAUUCUCUCAGAUGGUGCGAAUGUUGGAUAUUCUCGGGGAAUAUUUGCAAUAUCGGCAUUUUCCAUUCCAAAGAUUAGAUGGUAGCAUUAAGGGAGAACUCAGGCGUCAAGCCCUGGACCAUUUUAAUGCGGAAGGAUCUCAAGAUUUUUGUUUCCUUUUAUCCACACGAGCUGGUGGAUUAGGCAUAAAUUUAGCUACAGCAGAUACUGUAAUAAUAUUUGAUUCUGAUUGGAAUCCUCAGAAUGAUCUUCAGGCACAAGCAAGAGCCCAUCGAAUUGGUCAGAAGAAUCAAGUAAAUAUUUAUAGAUUAGUGACAGCUAGGUCUGUAGAAGAGGAAAUCGUAGAAAGGGCUAAGCAAAAAAUGGUAUUAGAUCAUUUAGUUAUUCAGAGAAUGGACACUACUGGCCGUACCGUAUUGGAUAAGAAAGGUUCUUCUAAUAAUACUCCAUUUAAUAAAGAAGAUCUCACUGCAAUCCUUAAGUUUGGCGCUGAGGAAUUGUUCAAAGAUGAAGAAGAUGAAAGCGACGAUCCAGUGUGUGAUAUUGACGAAAUUUUGAGAAGAGCGGAGACUAGGGACGAGGCUCCGACUAUGGUUGGUGAUGAGUUGCUUUCAGCAUUCAAAGUUGCUAAAAUUAAGGCUUUUGAAGAAGAUAGCGAACAAUCUCCUAUAUCUGAGGAAGUAUCUCAAGAGGAAGAUGGAGAAAGUAAGGAUUGGGAUGACAUUAUACCAGAAAGACUACGGAAGAAAGUGGAGGAUGAUGAACGGAGUAAGGAAAUGGAAGACUUAUAUCUACCUCCAAGAUCUAGAAAGACAUUGCAACAAAUUAACCAAUCAGAAAGUGAUGGAGAAGGCAGAGGUAAAAAGAGAAAACAAGUUGACGAAACAGGGUCUAGCGCAGAAGGAGAAGAAAGUGAUGAUGAAAGGCCACGAAAGCGUGGUCGCCCACCUCUUGCCAACAGAGAACGAAUUAAGAAUUUCACUGACGCAGAAAUAAGAAGAUUCGUUAAAAGCUUUAAGAAGUUUAGCACUCCGUUAAAACGCUUGGAAGCAGUAGCGUGUGAUGCGGAGCUCCAAGAAAAACCUCUGCCAGAGUUACGUAAACUUGGCGAGGUCCUCAAAGAAAGAUGUAAAUCUUACAUGGGUGAACACACCAAAGAAAAUAAUGAAUCCACGGAUGGUAAGAAACGCAACAGAGGACCCUCAUUCAAGUUAGGUGGCGUUUCUGUUAACGCCAAAACUAUGAUGCAAUGCGAAGAGGAACUGCAACCUUUAGAUGACAUAUUACCUUCAAGUUUGGAGGAACGUAAGAAGUGGAAGUUAGAAGCGCGUACCAAGCCAGCCCAUUUCGAUGUUGAAUGGGGAGCAUAUGAAGAUUCUAAAAUAUUGCAAGGUAUAUACCAGUACGGUAUGGGUUCUUGGGAACAGAUAAAAAUGGAUCCGUCGCUUGGUAUCGGCGACAAAAUAUUGUCUAACGAAGAUAAGAAACCACAAGCAAAGCAUUUGCAAUCUCGCGCAGAGUAUCUCUUGAAAGUACUUAAGAAACAGCAGGAUCUUAAGAAGGGUUCUGUUGCGAAACCGAAACGGCAACGCAAACCGAAAGCAUUAACUAAGGAAAUAGUUGAUGAAGAAGGAAGCUCCAACGAAGAAACAACAACAGUCACUGUAACAAUUACAAAGAAAAUUAAUAAGAAAAAGGACGAAGAUGGAGAAGAAACAAAAGAUAAUAAUAAGAACGAGCCAAAAACCAAAGAAUCAAAUAAGGAAAAGGAUAAGCAUGGAGAAAAGGAGAAGAAGAAACCUAAAAAGGAAAAAGAGAAGAAAACAGCUGGACCGAUGCAUUUUACUGCGAAUAAUGAGCCUCGUGCACUUGAUGUUUUAGGAGAUUUAGAUCCUUCUAUAUUCAAUGAGUGCAAGGAGAAAAUGAGACCCGUCAAAAAGGCUCUCAAAGCACUGGACAAUCCAGACGAAUCUUUAACUGAAGCAGAGCAAGUGAAUCAUACAAGACUUUGCUUACUCCAGAUAGGCGAACAGAUUAACACUUGUCUUAUCCAGUAUUCUGAUCAAGAUAAAGUAAAAGAGUGGAGAAGUAAUCUGUGGUAUUUUGUUUCCAAAUUCACGGAAUAUGAUUCGAAGAAGCUCUAUAAGCUAUAUAAAAGAGCAUGCAAAAAAUCUACAGAAAAGAAGAACGACAGUGACAAACCUGGAUCUUCCAAAGAGAAGGAUAAAGAACGUGAGAAAGAUAGUACAAAAAGACGGCAUGAAGAUUCUGAUCGUGAUGGCGUGGUGGAUCGAGAAUCUAAAAAGAGGAAGGACAAAGGUGAGCGGAAAAAGUCCAGGGAGGAAGAUAAGGAAGAUGAGCGUGUCGCCCGAUGGAGAGACGCUAAUUCCAAAGGACCCAGGUCCAACUAUCCGAACAAUGAUAGAACUCAUGAGGGCGAUAGAUGGGGACAGCAUCCACCGGCUAGGGACAGAUUCUCUUCUGCGGAUCACAGGAAGGAUCGGUUCGAUUAUCAGAGACCGAACUCCUAUUCUAGGGAACGUGAUCAGCCUAGGUCUGCAGAGAAACGGCUACCCAGUAAGGAAGAUUGGAGAUACCCAAGGAGCAGGGAAGUGGUACCUUUGAACUCUAGGAUGUAUAAUACACCUGCGCAUUAUGGUAUUGGGUACAAUGCAAAUUCCGGAUAUCCGGCUGGCGAACAAGCAGCGUUCACUAGAGAGUGGCGCCCGGAGUACGAUAGAAGGCGGGAUUAUGAUAGAAGACCACAAUGAACUUUUUGUGUCGUAGACAUGAUGUGACCUGUACAGUUUGCAAUUUGAGAUGUUAUCCAGAAAAUGUUAUUUAUUUUAUUAUUCUAAUUCCUUUUACAUCCCAUUGUUUUAUUUUUAUUUUUCUCUAAAUAAUUACUAGGAUGAUAUUGUUUCAGAAUCUGGAACUGUGCAUUUUUUGAUUACCAUUGAUGCUGUUUUAUAUAAUUCUUUAUUAUUAUUAUUUUCUUGUUUCUUUUUCUUUUCUUUGUAGACUUUUAUUAUGAAAGGUGGCUGUGGAAGUGUUUGAUUUUAGAAUGAUCAGGCCUACCUUGAUUUGUAUAUUACAAAUUGAUGUGUAAAUACAAAUAAAUAGAGAUAUCUUUUGAUAUAUCAUUGUAAUUUAA